CCUCGCCGCGCCUCCAGCCGCCCGAGCAGGGUUCAGCCCCCACCCCGGCUCGCCACUUCCGAGGCAGCGCCGCUCCAGUGCCCAGCAGGACGCCAACAAACCCGGUGGCGCCUUCCCGCUCGCUCGCGUCCAGGAUGGUCCCGCGGGCGCUGCAACUGUUGCUGCCGGCGGCGCUGCUGCUCUGCUCGGUGCUGGCGGCCUGCCUCGGCGGCGGCGGCGGCAGCACCCAACCCACAGAGAAGCAGCUCUUCCAGGCGUGGGCCGCCCAGCACGGCAGGCGGUACCGCUCGGAGGAGGAGCACCAGCACCGGCUGCAGACCUUCCUUCGCAACAAGCGGAAGAUCGACGAGCACAACGCCGGCAACCACACCUUCCGAAUGGGCUUGAACUGGUUCUCGGACAUGACCUUCGCUGAAUUCCGGAAGCAGUUUCUCUGGCGGGAGCCCCAGAACUGCUCUGCCACCAAGGGGAACUUUGGGAGGAGCACCGGGCUCUGUCCGAGGGCCAUCGACUGGAGGAAGAAAGGGAAGUAUGUGAGCCCUGUGAAGGACCAGGGCCCCUGUGGCAGCUGCUGGACAUUUUCCACCACCGGCUGCUUGGAAUCCGCGAUUGCCAUAAAAACCGGGAAGCUCCUGAAUCUGGCAGAGCAGCAGCUGGUGGAUUGUGCUCAGAACUUCAACAACCACGGGUGCAGCGGGGGGCUCCCCAGCCAGGCCUUUGAAUACAUCCUGUACAACAAAGGGGUCAUGGAUGAAGAGGCGUACCCUUAUCUGGCCAAGAAUGGCACCUGCAAAUUCCAACCCCAGAAGGCGGUUGCAUUCGUCAAAAGUGUGGUCAACAUUUCACUGUACGAUGAGCAGGGCAUGGUGGAAGCGGUGGGGAUGCACAACCCAGUGAGCUUUGCCUUUGAAGUGAAAGAUGACUUCAUGUUCUACCAGCAGGGGGUUUAUACCAGCACGCGGUGCGAUAAAACCCCGGACAAGGUCAACCACGCCGUCCUGGCUGUGGGCUACGGGGAGGAGAACGGGCUUCCCUUCUGGAUCGUGAAGAACUCCUGGGGCCCCUCGUGGGGCAUGGACGGGUACUUCAACAUCGAGCGCGGGAAGAACAUGUGCGGCCUCGCCGACUGCGCGUCCUUCCCGGUCCCGCUCGUCUAAGGCGGGACAGGGCGCCUGGCUGGCGCUCCGCCCGAGCGAGCCGCAGAGCUCCCGCUGCCCCCCGGCACGAGGAGACGCCCUGCCCGGUGCGACGGCCCUCGCGCUGCUCCGCGGACCAGGGUUGCCGGCGGGGUCUCCUAAACCACCAGGAUUUCGCGCUCCAAUAAACCCACAUUCUACAGCAAGAACCCAGAUAACAGAAUAAAUCAGUUUUGAACUAAA